CGGGCCCGCGGCGGCCGCGGCGCUGCCCGGGCCGGACCUCGCGGCGCUAGGGCGGGCUGGCCUCCGCGGGCGGGGGCGGCGGGCUAAGGGCGCGGGGAGCCUGCGGCGGCGGCGGCCCGGCGGGCGGAGCGGCGCGGGCAUGGCCGCGCGUGGCCGGCGCGCCUGGCUCAGCGUGCUGCUCGGGCUUGUGCUGGGUUUCGUGCUGGCCUCGCGGCUCGUCCUGCCCCGCGCCUCGGAGCUGAAGCGAGCGGGCCCGCGGCGCCGCGCCAGCCCGGAGAGCUGCCGGCCCGGGCAGGCGGCCGUGGCGUCCCAGGCCGGUGGGGCGCGCGGCGACGCGCGUGGGGCGCAGCUCUGGCCGCACGGCUCGGACCCGGAUGGCGGCCCGCGCGACAGGAACUUUCUCUUCGUGGGAGUCAUGACCGCGCAGAAAUACCUGCAGACCCGCGCCGUGGCCGCCUACAGAACGUGGUCCAAGAGCAUUCCUGGGAAGGUGGAGUUCUUCUCCAGCGAGGGCUCGGACACAUCGGUGCCGAUCCCCGUGGUGCCGCUGCGGGGCGUGGACGACUCAUACCCCCCGCAGAAGAAGUCGUUCAUGAUGCUCAAGUACAUGCACGACCACUACCUGGACCGGUAUGAGUGGUUCAUGCGCGCAGACGACGACGUGUACAUCAAAGGAGACCGCCUGGAGAACUUCCUGAGGAGUCUGAACAGCAGCGAGCCCCUCUUCCUGGGGCAGACGGGCCUGGGCACCACGGAGGAGAUGGGGAAGCUGGCCCUGGAGCCCGGGGAGAACUUUUGCAUGGGGGGACCCGGCGUGAUCAUGAGCCGCGAGGUCCUGCGCAGGAUGGUCCCGCACAUCGGGAAGUGCCUGCGGGAGAUGUACACCACGCACGAGGACGUGGAGGUGGGGAGGUGUGUCCGGCGCUUCGCAGGUGUGCAGUGUGUCUGGUCGUACGAGAUGCAGCAGCUUUUUUAUGAGAAUUACGAGCAGAACAAGAAGGGGUACAUCAGAGACCUCCACAACAGUAAAAUUCACCGAGCCAUCACCCUGCACCCCAACAAGAAUCCCCCCUACCAGUACAGACUGCACAGCUACAUGCUGAGCCGCAAGAUCGCCGAGCUGCGGCACCGCACGAUCCAGCUGCACCGGGAGAUCGUGCUCAUGAGCAAGUACAGCAACACGGAGGCCCACAAGGAGGACCUGCAGCUGGGCAUCCCGCCCUCCUUCAUGCGCUUCCAGGCCCGCCAGCGCGAGGAGGUUCUUGAGUGGGAGUUUCUGACGGGCAAGUACCUGUACUCGGCCGCCGACGGGCAGCCGCCGCGCCGAGGGAUGGACUCGGCACAGCGGGAGGCCCUGGACGACAUCGUGAUGCAGGUAAUGGAGAUGAUCAACGCCAACGCCAAGACCCGUGGGCGCAUCAUCGACUUCAAGGAGAUCCAGUACGGCUACCGGCGUGUGAACCCCCUGUACGGGGCCGAGUACAUCCUGGACCUGUUGCUGCUGUACAAGAAGCACAAAGGCAAGAAGAUGACGGUGCCCGUGAGGAGGCACGCCUACCUGCAGCAGACCUUCAGCCGGGUCCAGUUCGUGGAGCAUGAGGAGCUGGAUGCCAAGGAGCUGGCCAACAAGAUCAACCAGGAGUCUGGGUCCCUGUCUUUUCUCUCCAACUCCCUCAAGAAGCUCGUGCCCUUCCAGCUGCCCGGGUCGAAGACGGAGCACAGAGAACCCAGAGACACCAAGAUCAACAUCCUCAUUCCACUGUCGGGCCGCUUUGACAUGUUUGCGCGGUUCAUGGGCAACUUUGAGAAGACGUGUCUGAUCCCCAACCAGAACGUGAAGCUGGUCGUGCUGCUCUUCAACUCGGAUUCCAACCCCGACAAGGCCAAGCAGGUGGAGCUGAUGCGCGACUACCGCGCCAAGUACCCGAAGGCCGACAUGCAGAUCCUGCCCGUGGCGGGCGAGUUCUCCCGGGCGCUGGCCCUGGAGGUGGGGUCCUCCCAGUUCAGCAACGAGUCCCUGCUCUUCUUCUGCGACGUGGACCUGGUGUUCACCGCAGACUUCCUGCAGCGGUGUCGCGCCAACACAGUUCUGGGCCAACAGGUGUACUUCCCGGUCAUCUUCAGCCAGUACGAUCCAAAGAUUGUUUAUAACGGGAAAGUUCCCAGUGACAACCAUUUUGCCUUCACGCAGAAGACUGGAUUCUGGAGGAACUACGGGUUUGGCAUCACCUGCAUUUACAAGGGGGACCUGGUGCGCGUGGGCGGCUUCGACGUCUCCAUCCAGGGCUGGGGGCUGGAGGACGUGGACCUCUUCAACAAGGUGGUGCAGGCGGGCCUGCAGACAUUCCGGAGCCAGGAGGUCGGCGUCGUGCACGUCCACCACCCCGUCUUCUGUGACCCCAACCUGGACCCUAAGCAGUACAAGAUGUGCUUGGGGUCCAAGGCGUCCACGUAUGGGUCCACCCAGCAGCUGGCAGAGAUGUGGCUGGAGAAGAACGACCCAGGCUACAGUAAAAGCAGCAAUAACAGCGGCUCGGUGAGGACAGCCUGAUGCCCAGCGCUGCUGGAGAGACCUUUUUAAUUAUCUAAUUUAUUUUUCAAGAGUUUUUGUACGAUCGGUUUUUGCAGUCCACACGAGGAUAUAUAUUUUACCAGUGGUUUUUCUUACACAGGGCUCCUUUGAGCUUUUUGAACAAAACAGCGUGAUCAGUGUUUGCCUUGAACGCGCUCUUCUCGCUCAGCGCUCCGUAGCCGAACUGCUUGAUUCUGACUUGAAAUGUGUCUGACCAACACAGCUGGGUGGUUUGGGUUUUUCUGUUGUUGUUGUUUUGUUCUGUUUUGUUCUGUUUUGACAUUUCCUUUCCAGCCUCCCACAGAGUAUUACCGUGACGCGGCGCUGGCACCGUCAGCGUUGUGUUGUGACUGUAAC